AUGGCUAACGACAUGGAAUUAUUUGCCGCCCGCCUGGCCAGUUUCGACACUGUCAUUCACCCAGACAGGCGGUCUUCGAGCUCAAGGUCCGCAAAGCCGAUCUCUUGGCCGCACAGUAGCCCUUCCCCAGCUGAGUUGGCGCACGCCGGUUUCUACUACAACCCUUACGAAACGAACCCUGAUAACACAACAUGCUUUCUUUGCCGGCGAGCGCUCGAUGGGUGGGAGGAGGAAGACGACCCGAUAACGGAGCAUUUGAAGCACACAAAGGAUUGCGGAUGGGCGAUUAUGAUGGACAUCCACCGGAAUAGCUCGAAUCCCGCCGAGAUAGAAGAUCCAACAAGCGAAACGAUAGCUCAGGCUAGACUGGCGACCUUUGGGGAAUCAUGGCCGCACGAUGGCAAGAAAGGGUGGUUGUGCCAAUCCGACAAGAUGGUUGAAGGUGGAUGGUAUUUCUGUCCAAAUGAAGAAAGCGCCGAUAUGGCGAGCUGUGCCUACUGCAAGCUGUCUCUCGACUGCUGGGAGCCCAAAGACAACCCAUUCGACGAACACUACCGACGUUCCCCCAAAUGCUCAUUCUUUGUAUUCGCAAAGCUUGGCAAAGGGAAAGGCUCCCGAUCAAAGAAAGGCCGCACCUCCAAAACUUCUCGACUCUCUACCCAAUCUAACGCUUCCGAGAUUCCCGUAUCCGACGUCGAGGACCAAAUGGAUGAGCGUGUGCUAGCUCCUCCGGUGAAAUCCAAAGCCAGCAAAAAGCCGUCCAAAUCAAAGGCAAAGAGCACAAAAUCCAAGAAAGAUGAAGUGCAAGAGACUGCGAGUCAGAUGGAUAUGGACGAAGCGGACUUCGCCCAGCCGGAACAGUCGAAACCUAAACGCAGUACUAGGGGCACGAAGCGAUCAAGUGCUGAUUUCGAGAAGGACAACAUGAGCAUCGCCGAUGGAGACAGUGUUGGCCAGCCGGAACCGCCGGCAAAGAAAAGAGCCACAAAGUCUCGCACCAGUCGAGCACGAUCACAGAGUGUUGUAUCCACCGAUGCAGCAUUGGAUGUCCCUGGAUAUGAAAGUGAUGCCACUCAGCAUGAGGAGCAACGACCGGGCCGAACUAGCAAGAAGAAGGGCUCCAACAACCGCAAGGCUUCUGUGUCCUCCACUUCGAAGUCCACCAAGUCUCGUGUUCCCCGCGAUUCUGAGCUUGAUGCUGCGAUUGAAGCCGGACUGGAAGCUGAUGAUCCUCAAAACAUGGAGGUUGAAGAGGCGGCCAUCGAGAAGACCCCUCCCAAAGCUUCAAAGAAGUCAAAAUCGAAGAAGAAGGCCGCGAAGAAGGACCCAGAACCUCCCGCCGACGUGGCUGACCGUGCUAGUGUAUUCGAAGCUCCUGUCGCGUCAAAGCCAGCCGUCGAACAAAAUACAGAGCAGACGGACGAAUUCAUCGCACAGCAAGAGCCCAUGCAUACAGAAGAAAAGAGCAAGCCCCGGAGUCAGAGAAAUUCAGUCGAACAGCUACAAAGUAAGAGAACCUCUGCGGCUCAGGAGCAAUCGACGGCACAGACGAAUGACGAAGAGAACGAUCAAAAUCAUGAUUCUUUCAUAUCAGUGGAGAUUGUCUCCAAGCCUCCCGCGGAGUACAGUGUUCUAGAACCGACUAAUAAGGACAGCAAGAAGUCUAAGAAGAAAGCUUCGUCUGAGAAACCCAAAAAGUCGAAGAAGGCAGAGAAGGCAGAUAAAAACGGCAAGUCCGAGAAUCCCGAGAAGGCGAGCAAAUCAGAGGAAGCAGAGGAGCAGCUUCAGAAACGAACUUCUAUGGAAAAAGAGAUCGCCCUAGAGCAGUCCCCUCUCCCUGCCCGGUUAAGCACCCCCGAGCCAAAGAAGGACGAGCUUGGUGAAGAAUCGUCUCAUCGCCGAUCAUCAAGGGUGCCGCCAAAGACAGCCGAACGAUACAGUGACAUUCCCCACGAGAAACAAUAUGCCAAAUCGCUUGUUGAAUCCCAAGGAUCUGACCGAGCGGAUGGUACACGCCGCACCAGCAGAAAGGACCAGGAAGAUGAGCCAAUGUCACCUCUCCCACCUGCAUCCAGAGGAUCCCCUUCUCUAUCACCGCAGUCCUCGGACGCCGAAAAUCAUCCUCCGUCUAUGAACUUCUCAGUGCCACGACCACAGCUAUCCUCGCCAUCUAAAAAGGCCCAUGUUCGCAUUCCCCUGGCGGCUAGUACUCCGUCUCCUUCAAAGAGAAAUGCUUCUGCCCAAAGAGUGCAUACAUCCCACCCCUGGGUCCCAGUUGAUAUCGAUGAGAUCUUGCUCGUCGGCGCAAGCGAUAAAGAGAACGUCGAUCUGAGCGGACCGUUAAGUAACGCCAAGAACGAAUUGUCAAGUCCCGAAAAGAAAAUGACGGUGGAGGAAUGGAUUAUGUGGAACGCAAAGAACGGGGAAGAAAGGCUGAAGCGAGAAUGUGAGAGGCUUGUCGGGCAAUUCGAGAGGGAAGGGGCCCGGGCGAUGCGCGCAUUGGAAGGAAUCGAGUGCAUUGACUGA